AUGGCUUUGGAACCUAUCUCUGAUAGGCUUCUCGGGUCUAAAAACAAGAAAGUUGCUUACUUUUACGACUCCGAUGUGGGCAACUAUGCCUAUGUCUCGGGCCACCCCAUGAAGCCUCAUCGCAUACGCAUGACACACAGCUUGGUGAUGAACUAUGGCCUCUACAAGAAAAUGGAGAUCUACCGUGCGAAACCUGCCUCAAAGUAUGAAAUGACCCAGUUCCACACCGACGAAUACAUCGACUUCCUGUCCAAGGUCACACCCGACAACAUGGACCACUUUGCAAAGGAACAGAGCCGAUAUAACGUUGGAGACGAUUGCCCCGUGUUUGACGGUCUCUUCGAGUUCUGCGGAAUCAGCGCCGGAGGCAGUAUGGAAGGCGCUGCGCGACUGAACCGCAACAAAUGCGAUGUUGCCGUCAACUGGGCUGGUGGUCUUCACCACGCCAAGAAGAGCGAAGCAAGUGGCUUCUGCUAUGUCAAUGAUAUCGUUCUUGGAAUUCUGGAGCUGCUGCGCUUCAAACAGCGAGUACUCUACGUCGAUAUUGAUGUUCACCACGGCGAUGGUGUCGAAGAGGCCUUCUACACAACUGACCGCGUCAUGACCUGUUCUUUCCACAAGUACGGCGAGUACUUCCCUGGUACCGGUGAGCUUCGCGACAUCGGUGUUGGGCAGGGCAAGAACUACGCAGUUAACUUCCCUCUCCGUGAUGGCAUCACUGAUGUCACGUACAAGAGCAUCUUUGAGCCCGUCAUUAAGAGCGUGAUGGAGUGGUACCGCCCCGAGGCAGUGGUCCUUCAGUGUGGUGGUGACAGUCUGUCUGGUGAUCGCUUGGGCUGCUUCAAUCUUAGCAUGCGAGGACACGCCAACUGUGUCAAUUUCGUCAAGAGCUUUGAUCUGCCAACAUUGGUUCUUGGCGGUGGUGGCUACACCAUGCGCAACGUUGCACGGACAUGGGCUUAUGAGACCGGUAUCCUUGUCGGAGAACCCCUGGGAUCGGAGCUGCCAUACAAUGAUUAUUAUGAGUACUUCGCUCCUGAUUAUCAGCUUGAUGUUCGCCCCUCCAACAUGGAUAACGCCAACACCAGAGAAUAUCUGGACAAGAUUCGCAACCAGGUUGUCGAGAACCUCAAGCGCACGGCAUUCGCUCCUUCAGUCCAAAUGACGGAUGUGCCGCGUAACCCCAUGUUGGAUGGCAUGGACGACGACGCUGAUGACGUUAUGGAUGACCUCGAUGAGGAUGAAAACAAAGACAAACGGUUCACACAACGACGAUUCGACCAACGCACGGAAAAGGCUGGUGAGCUUAGUGAUAGCGAAGACGAAGAGGAGAACGCUGCCAACGGUGUUCGUCGCCAACCAGGCGCCAUGCGUCGUCGCAACCAAGUCAACUACCGAAACCUCGAGCCGGACUCUGGGCUGGAUAGUGGCAUGGCAACCCCGCAAGAUGGCUCAUCUGCGGCUGAUGGAGAAAUGGAUUUCGCCCUUGACGCUAAGAUGGCCGAUGUCCCACGCACUGAACCCGAGGCGCCUUUUGCCGCCCCGGAAGCUUCGCACGCUGACGAAACCCCCAUGACUGAUGCUGAUAACAUGGCUAUGGAAAGUGAGGAACAGGAAGCCUCCGCUACCUCUCAACGCCAAUCUCAUCCUCCUCAUGAUGAAGAUACUACCAUGGAGGAUGCUGCUGUUACUGUCGCUGAACCCACUACCUUGGAACAGGCCCCGGCGCAAGCGUCAACGAUUGAGGAAAAGCCUCUGGUCGAGGGCUCCACUGCUUCCCCUAUGCGGGCCCAGUCCCUUCCAAAAGAGACCCCCGAUUCUAGCCUCGAAAAGACUGCCGAGACUUCUGCUCCUACUGCGGACACUGCGGCAACGGCGACCAAGGAAGAGAACGUGGAAUACACGGCAGAACCCAAGAAAGAGGAGUAA